AGGGGCAGAAGGGAAAUGUUGUUUCUUCCAGGGGUUUGAAAUGUUUGGUUUAGAGUCCUGAGCUCUGUCUUCCUGUUUGUCUCCUUCUGCCACUUUCAGAUCUCUUGGAGAGAGAAGGUGGGUGAGGCUACAGAAUAACAUCCACGUUUUGCUCCAGAUCAUCCCAUCCUCCCAGGGGGAAGGCAAUGGCUGCAUUGAAGCUGGCUCAGGGUCUCCAGUUUCCGAACCUGAUGUGAUUUCACAGCUGGAACGAGGGGAAGAGCCGUGGGUCCCAGACCGCCAGAGUUCUGAGAAAGAAGUGCCUCCAAGAGCUACUUGCACAGGGAGUGAUCUAUGUCUGGAUUCUCUAAGUCUCCCAUCAGGUGAUGUGAUGGUGAGUCAGAUUGAGGAGGAAAAACCCCAUCAGGAAGAUGCUGAGCAAGGAGAACCACAUGGAACUUUAUCAGGAAGAUCCAAAGGGAAUGUUUCCGGGAGUUAUGCACUCCCAGAAAAAACAAAAACCUGUGAGACUCAGGGGAGGCCAGAGGGAAAUUUUAGUAGCCUCUCAGACCUUAUAACAAGCGACAGAAUCAACUUGGAAGAGAGACGCUACACAUGCCAUGAGUGUGGGAAAAGCUUCAAUCGGAGCUCACACCUUAGCAGACAUCGGACAGUCCAUACAGGUGAGAAACCUUAUGGAUGCUCUGAGUGUGGGAAAUGCUUCAUCGAUAGUUCAGCCCUCAUCUCACAUCAGCGAAUCCACACAGGAGAAGCGCCCCACACAUGCUCAGAGUGCGGGAAAAUCUUUGGUUGGAGCUCUACCUUAAACACACAUUGUAGAAUCCACACAGGAGAGAAGCCCUACACAUGCUCUGAGUGCGGGAAAAGCUUCAAUCAGCGCGCACACCUUAUCACACAUCAGAGAAUCCACACAGGAGAAAGGCCCUACACAUGCUCUGAGUGUGGGGAAACCUUUAAUCAGAGCUCAAACCUUAUCACACAUCAGCGAAUCCACACAGGAGAGACGCCCUACACAUGCUCUGAGUGCGGUGAAAGCUUCAAUCAUCGCUCCGCCCUUAUCACACAUGGAAGAAUCCACACAGGAGAAAGGCCCUACACAUGCUCUGAGUGUGGGAAAACCUUUAAUCAGAGCUCAAACCUUAUCAGACAUAGGAAAAUCCACAAGGGUGAGAAGGCCUAUACGUGCACUGAGUGCGGGAAAAGCUUCAGUCAGCGCUCACACCUUAUCACACAUCAGAGAAUCCACACAGGAGAGACACCCUACACAUGUACUGAGUGCGGGAAAAGUUUCAAUCACCGCUCUGCCCUUAUCACACAUCGAAGAAUCCACACAGGAGAAAGGCCCUACACAUGCUCUGAGUGUGGGAAAACCUUUAAUCAGAGCUCAAACCUUAUCAGACAUCGGAUAAUCCACAUGGGUGAGAAACCUUAUGGAUGCUCUGAGUGUGGGAAAUGCUUCAUCGAUAGUUCAGCCCUCAUCUCACAUCAGCGAAUCCACACAGGAGAAGCGCCCCACACAUGCUCAGAGUGCGGGAAAAUCUUUGGUUGGAGCUCUACCUUAAACACACAUUGUAGAAUCCACACAGGAGAGAAGCCCUACACAUGCUCUGAGUGCGGGAAAAGCUUCAAUCAGCGCGCACACCUUAUCACACAUCAGAGAAUCCACACAGGAGAAAGGCCCUACACAUGCUCUGAGUGUGGGGAAACCUUUAAUCAGAGCUCAAACCUUAUCACACAUCAGCGAAUCCACACAGGAGAGACGCCCUACACAUGCUCUGAGUGCGGUGAAAGCUUCAAUCAUCGCUCCGCCCUUAUCACACAUGGAAGAAUCCACACAGGAGAAAGGCCCUACACAUGCUCUGAGUGUGGGAAAACCUUUAAUCAGAGCUCAAACCUUAUCAGACAUAGGAAAAUCCACAUGGGUGAGAAGGCCUAUACGUGCACUGAGUGCGGGAAAAGCUUCAGUCAGCGCUCACACCUUAUCACACAUCAGAGAAUCCACACAGGAGAGACACCCUACACAUGUACUGAGUGCGGGAAAAGCUUCAAUCACCGCUCUGCCCUUAUCACACAUCGAAGAAUCCACACAGGAGAAAGGCCCUACACAUGCUCUGAGUGUGGGAAAACCUUUAAUCAGAGCUCAAACCUUAUCAGACAUCGGAUAAUCCACAUGGGUGAGAAAGCUUAUGGAUGCUCUGAGUCUGGGAAACUUUUCUUUAAUCAUUCAGGCCUCGUCUUACAUCAGAGAAUCCACUCAGGGGAGACACCGUACACAUUAUCUGAGUGUGGGAAAAGCUUCAGGCACAGCUCAAACGUUGUCUCACAUAGGAGAAUCCACAUGGGGGAGAGUGCGGGAAAAGCUUCAAUCAGCGCUCAAGGCUCAUUAGACAUCAGAAAAUCCACAUGAGAGAGAAUUGUAAUAAAUCCCUUGACUAGGGUUGGCCAAAAAAAAAUUUUUAAAAAAAAAUUACAUUUGCUAAUUCCCACAUAGUGAUUUUUGCAUCAUCUUCACCGUGGUGUCUCAGCUCCACUAGAUGAGUUGCCUGCUUCUGCCUGUUGCAGCUCAUCCUUCUUUGGGGUCAGUCCUAUGAUCUUUUCUAUCAUCUCCUUUCCUUUUGAGUCAUAGGAGUGUGUG